AUGUCUGAUGAAGAAUAUAAACCAAUUGUAGAACAGCAGUAUACACUCAGAGACGCACUUAUACAGGCAUGCAGGGCAGCACGCAUCAGUAAUAAUCUUUCUAAAGGAGGCAGAGAGUGUGUUAGGGUACUGUGCGGAGGGAAAGCAAAGGUCGUUUUGCUUGCUAACGAUUGUGAACCGAAAAUCAAAGCCAUUGCAACUUUCUUUUCUCAAAAGAAUAAAAUUCCAAUUGUCACUAUAGAUGACAGAAAAGAACUAGGACGAAUAUUAAAUUUUGAGAAAGUAUCUUUGGGAGGUAAGGUUAGAAAUAGUGGAUGCGGAGUAGCAUUGAUCUCUGAUUUUAACGAGAGGACCAAAGCUACUGAUUUUAUUAUGAAUGAGUUGGAUAUUAAUUAA